GAGCAUUCUCGUGAGGGAGCCCUUGCACAGAGGACGUGUCCUGUUCCGUCUAUCGGCCAAUAGACUGAACGCUGUCCAUUCCUCACCGUCAAGUUAAACUCGGCGUCUUUUCGAUAUACCAACACUCGCCCGGAAUCGCGAAUGUGAAUAUAUUGUUUAGGAGCUUAAGUGACAAAUCACCACAGCAAAACAGAUUGGUAUCAGGUAACCCCUAGUGACAAGUGGAGAUUGUCGUCUGCGAGUGACCUAGUGAACUAAGGCAGUGCCACCGAUUAAGUAACCUGUGUGUGACUUUACCGCAGUGUACCGCGUGGUACCCCAGCCGCCACUGUCCCGAGCGUGUAGCCCGCCCACCGUCGCCCUCACUGUACCACGUGACGUCACCACCCUUACUCACCACCAGUGCCAGUGUGUGUGUUGGUUAUACAUACAGCACGCCCUCCUCAGGUUUUAGUGAUCGUCAAGGUGUGACAGGAUGCGACUAGCCAGCGGCCACACUGCCCUCAGCCUGGUGGGGGAGGAGCUGGAGCAGCAGCAGAAGGCCUUCCUCGGCUACUCUCCAGUAGGUCUGGUCCGUCUCACUCCCGGCAGGUGGCUCUUCCCCGCGUCCUACACCAAAUAUGCCGACAAACUCUACAACACCAAGUUCCGAGGGAGUGAUGUUGUGGUGAUGACGUACCCCAAGUGUGGCACCACCUGGAUGCAGGAGAUUGUAUGGACCAUGAGGAACAACCCGGACCUCAAGCACCCCAUGGCCCGUCUUCCAGUCAACGCCCGCUGCCCCUUCAUAGAUAUGGACAUGUUGCUGGAGCUCGGUCAAUCAGCCAAUGAAUUCCGUGCUUUGCUGGAAGCUCACCUACAGAAGUUGGCUCCGGGGGUGGAGCCCCAGGAGGGCAUAGUCAUGCAGCUGGCGGAGGUCGCUCCUGAUCCACGCACAAUGAAGACCCACCUUCCACCCUCUCUCCUCACCCCAGACCUCCUUGACACUGCUAAGGUGGUGUAUGUGGCCAGGAACCCCAAGGAUGUCUGCAUGUCUUACUAUCACCACAGUCGUAUAUUUAACGCCCAUGGCUUCGUGGGCUCCUUCAACCAGUUCGUCCAGUUCCUGAUUGAUGAUGACUUGUUGUACGGUCCAUACUUGGAGCACGUACGGGAGGCCUGGGUGAAGCGAGAGCAUCCCAACAUGCUCUUCCUGUUCUACGAGGACCUCAAGACAGACAUUAUGGGACAACUGCACAAACUGAACAAUUUCCUUGGUACCUCACUCACCCAACACCAGCUACAGCAGGUAGCUGACUACACAAGCUUCCCAGAGAUGCGGAAGAGAGAGGAGAGAAACAUAAUCAAGGACUUCUCAGAAGAAAUCAACAUGGAACUGGUUAAAAAACAUGGAGGAUUCUUCAGGAAGGGUGAAGUGGGCAACUGGAAGGAACACCUCACAAGUACUCAAGAAGCCAAGAUUGAUCUGUGGACCAUGAAAAAUAUCCUUAACUUAGGUCUCAAGUUCAAGUACUCAGGCAGCAAAGUUUGAUAUGUGGACCAGGAAGAACACACUCAUUUUGGGCGUGAGGGUGAACAAACAUAGAUAUAAAAUUUUAUUAUUUAAAUAAGUAAAAUAUUUGUAACUACAAGUUUCAUGGAAUUUAUUGCAACUUCGCGGUUGCUAGUAAGAUUGUUCUCGGUGUACAGUAGUGCUGGAACACGGUGAUCUACAUGUGUGUGUUCUCAAGGCUCAUAAAUAUGGGUCUUGGCGCUGUGUCGAAGCCCCGGAGCCUUUGGAAACAACAGUCGAUUUUACUCUAUCCGCCAAGAAGCCUGGGACGCAUUUAUUUUCAGAAAUUUGGACAAAUACCAUGAUUGCUAAAAAUUUGUUUAAAUCUAAAUUUAUUCAUUCAUUUAUAUUUAUUUAUAUUAAAGUGAAGUUAUUUAAAAUUAUUUAGGAAUUAACAUAAAUUGUAGAGUGAACAAAAUACAUUAUACUAUUAA